GUUCGUCUGCGUUCUUAUGGCGACGACGGUGCUUUCCUGUCGGCAAAGCGAGUUCCAAUGCGCCAACGGCCGCUGCAUCAGUCUGAACAACGUCUGCAACGUCGUCGACGACUGCGGCGAUGGCAGCGACGAGCCAAGGCAGUGUUCACCGUGCAAUAAGACGUACUAUGGAGACGUGGGCAAGACCUACGACCUGGAGCUCCAUCGACCAAAGGAGGAUAAGGUGCCUUACAUUUGCAAGCUCACCUUCAGCGCACCUGGUGGCGAUUUCGGCGACAUCGUGCAGUUGACGUUCGACAGCUUCACCCUAGGGAAAUUCGUGUCGUUCACGGCGAAGGGCUGCCCUGACGGGUCUCUGCAGAUUUCGGAGGCCCAACGACCGGACGUGGGCGGCCUCUGGUGCGGAACGUCCAUGGGGCCCGCGAUUUACUACAGCGAGACCCAGAGUGUCUCCAUCACGCUGAAGCUGUUCAGGCUCAGCAAGGAUCAGACGGGAUUCAAUUUCGACUUCAGGAUGGCGUACAAGAUGAUCAGGAAGUCGGACGCCGUGGUGCGCUAUGGGAAUCCGUUCGUUGCAAUAACACAAACGACGGGGCCCCCAACGUCGACAGAACCAACACUGUUGACGUCCUCGAGCGACUACACGAAUAGUUCGAUGGCCAUGCCGGUGCAGAUGGUGGAGCAUCCAUCGACCACGACGAAACCAAGUAGCGAGCAAUACCUCGGGGACCUGAUAUCCGGCACCUACUGUUCCCGCAUAUUCAGCGACUGCGACCAGAAGAAGUGCAGGCUACAGUCGCCCAACUUUCCCGGAUUGUACCCGCGCAAUCUCACCUGCUAUUAUGUGGUGAGACAGCACGACGUGCCACCCGGGAAACAUGCGUUAAUCUCGGUGAGACAGCCACGGGGCCAACUGGUGGCCAUAAGAUCGAGACCAGCGACCCAGGUCGAGACAUCACCUCGCGAACUUCGUCUGUGGAAGGACUGCGACGUGGUCCAGGAUUACGUGACCGUGUACGACGGCUACACGACCCGGGACCCAGUGAUCCUGAAAUUCUGCGGAGGUGGCGAACCUGUGCCGGAAGCCACCAGCAGCGGUACCGAGAUCCUGGUCGAGUUCACCACGUCUCCUUAUGGCACGUUUCUCCACCCGACGCCGCCACACUCGCUCCACGGCUUUCAAUUAGAAGUGCAAGUGAAGUUCGUGGACGUAGAUUCGCUGACGUACGCGAAGGACAAGCACUGCGAGUUCUGGCUGCAGGGUAGUGGAGGUGGAGUUCUGGUCUCGCCACGGCACUCUCUGCCACGGAACAGCACGUGUCUGUACCACCUACGAGGAGCUGGUCCAAUGUUACCCAGUCCGACGCCACCUCGUCCCUUGCCGAAAUUUCCCGAGCAGAGGCCUGGCACCGUGUGGAGGAGGCCUGCACCGAGGCCACCGCAGCCGCAGUUCCGCGUGUGGCUGUCCAUCCUCAAGUUCCACGUGGGCACCAGCCUGUCGACCAGCGACGAAGACUGCUCCACCACCCUUAUGGUGUGGGACGGCGAGAUGAUGCCACUGUCAGAGUGCUACGACCUAGCCUGCGAGGGGAACAGCGAGAAGGAGCACCAGCAGCACGGAGACAGGUCCGCGGCGCCAGCGCACCCUCUCGCAGCCCGUCCAGUCGGGAACACCACCCUCCUGGCGCGUUAUUGCAAGGACAGGCUGCCCAGAACCUGCGACCACGCGAUCCUGCAGAACACCAGUCGCCCCUGCUCCCUCGGAGAGAGCUUCGUUUCCAGCGGGAGCAGCCUGACCAUCGAGAUGCGGAUGGUCGAGUCGACGGCACUCAGGCCAGUGAAUUUCCGCGCGCUGUAUGAAUUCGUCGAUCUUCACCAGGACGGAGAUCCUUACGGGAGCGGACCCUGUUCCAGGAUCUUCUACAGCCGCAAUCGGGAUCAUUACCCUGAUCGUAGAUUCCAGGCACCUCGCGAUAUUUUCCUUUAUGGCCGCGGAGGCGCGAAAAAUAUGAGUUGCGUGUACCGAUUCGAGGGCGAGCACGACGAGAUCGUGGAACUGCGGUUCAACAAGCUAUUGAACGGAAAUCGGACAUGCCGCAGCGUCUCCAGUCCAGACUUCAAUCGGCUACUAUGCGUCGGUUCAGAGAACUUCUCGGUGAAGGUGCUGGAUCUUCCAUGGCCAAACGUGCCACCAGUCCAACGGGACUGCUUCUGCUCGAAUCGAUCUCUGCCGAUGAACGUCAAGUCCACGUCUAACAUUGUCGAGGUACAUUUCACCGUGACAUCUAUGGACUCAUUGGACGACUAUAACAACCUGUUCUUCGAGGGCACCUGGGGCUUUAUGAAAAUCAGCCCCUGCAUGCAAAAACGUAGAAUGAGGGGACCAUCAGGGGAAAUCAAAUAUAAGACGCCUAUUACAGACGAAGAAGAGAAAAAUUGCGAGAAGUAUCCGUGGCUGAUCGACCCAGGUCCUAACCAAUAUCUCUACGUGAAAAUGCAUGGCACAAUAAUGUCAAACACGAGCAAGUGCGCGACGAAGAAUCGAAUCGUGGUGCACACGGGUGGCCAGAUCCACGUAUCAGUAUGCCCGAAACCACCUGCGGAGUCCAGGCAUCACGUGGUCGAGAUUUUCAGUGACGGCUGGGCCGUCAGUAGCAAUGCUAUGAUCUUAGCUCCGGGUCAGGACCCCAUCAGGACUAUAGUUGUCGAGUUUAUCGUCAAGGAACCGGAUACGUACACGGUUACCUGGCUAGAGCUUACUAGAAGGCCAUCGGUAACAUCCACCGCAGGGCUACAGAUGCCACGUGACUGCGAACAGCGAUGUCCAGAGCUAGACGCAUGUAUAGACGCGUCUCUAUGGUGUGACGGGGUCUCCCAUUGUCCAUCAGGCUACGAUGAAGCCCUGACCCAUUGCUCGAUCCUCAUGCAAUUACCUCCACUGCACCUGGGCCUCGGUAUCCUUGCCAUCAUCACGAUCCUCUGCGUGAUCUUCUUCGUGAUUUGGCGAAUCUGCAGACAACGAGCAAACCGGUCGAUAUCGCAGCACCGGCUGAAGAGUAUCUCCUCGGAAACGGCGAUCAUCGACGGAAAAGAAGUGAUUUGCUGACACAGCGACAGUUCUGUGCGAUACGUAGAGGUCGACCGGGUGACCACCGUGUGACGAUAGCC